GAGUUGUGUCAAGGCGUUUGAUCACUGUUGCGUGGAUCUAAAAUAUAUACUACCUGCUUCCUACUUUAUAACCAUUAAAUGGUCGUGGUUGGGAUACAGACCCACUUUUCUUUCUUUCUUCUGAAACACGGAAAAAAUCCAAAUGAAUACGAGAAUAAUGUACAAAAUAUGUCGAAAAGCUUCGUAAUCCAUAGUGAACUCGUGAGUUUCCUUUCGCCCUAUUGAAUGCACUACCAGUUCUCAUCGCAUAGCGGCAGCGUUGAUCUAAAUUCAUGUUCAGAGAUAAACCAGCUUUCCUGAGGAAAAUUUAUUCAAUUGAUUAUUUAAAGACAACAAAUGAACAUCAAAUUAGAUCUAAUUUUCUUCUUUGUAUAACAGUACAGCACAACAGUAACUCACUCCAUAUGUCACGUGAAAAGCACUAAAUUUUAUGCUAACUGGGACUGUUAUUUCGUUGUUGGGAUAGUGGUAGUUGUUCAGCUCUUUUGUUUACCAAACAGCGUAAUAACCAAUAACUGAGCAAAAUUGUGCAUAUGAUGAGCUUAAUACCAAACAUAGGGAUAUCGUAAUUUAUUAGUUCUAUUAGUGAACAGAAUAUAUAAUGACAUAAUCUGUGUCGGCAAACCUAACCAUGAUUGGUUUAAAACCAUUCUGGUUUUAAAGGUUUCCUGAUGAAACCUGUCUUGGUUGAAACUGAAGUUCGUAUGAUCAGUGUUUUCAAUGUAGGCUUCAAGGGUCUGAAAGCCUACAUGAAAGUUUACAUCAAUAGGCCCUUAUGUCACGAUUGUAUCUGUUACUUGCAUGGAGUAAAAUUGCAACUUCAUGACUAGCCUCAAUAUUUUAUCUCUUUAAGCCAGACGAGAGCAUAUCUAUGGACUAAAAACGCUUUUGUGGAUAGACUAUGAAUUUUGUAUGUGUCGUAUGAGCCUUCGCCACUAAAAUCGUUUUCCAGCAGUGUCAUCCCUCCCUCUACCUCCCCUCUGCCCACACAUCACCAACUCCUUCUCUCCUUUUCCAUUUUCUCCCUGUUCACUCUGCUAACAUCAGCGCGCUGUUGUCUGUUUGGAAAUGACUGGGCCAAUGAAAAAGGAGUCAGUGAGACUGAAAAUGCUAAAUUUUUUUGCAGAGCUCUGCAGGAGGGAAGAAAACCACUAUUUUAUGAAACCGCAUCACUAAAAAUGCUAUUUGAUUACACUCGCGGGGAAAUUUGUUCAGAAGCGGCUGCGUGAAUAUUUACAGUAUAGUAGUCAACAUUUGCGCAUAAAUGUAAGCAAGACUGUAUGGCUUAAGACAUUCCGAAACCAGGGCUGGUUUAACCUAAUUUUUCAUAGAGCUAUUACAAGAAAGUUGAUGAAAAGAAGAAAAAAUGAGUUCAUAUUUCGUUAAUUCUCUCUUUAGCAAAUUCAAAGGAAGCGACGCCCUGCGUCCAAACUACUACGAGUGUUCUGGGUACACACAGGAGCUUGCAGGCAGACCGUCUGUGUUGUACGGACACAGCACAGGAUCUACAUUUCAACACACAGCCCAGCUUCCGGAGUUUUAUCACCACGGAGCCUCUACGUUCUCCCACGCACCGUACCAGCACAGCCAAUAUCACGGCGAGACAGCAGCAAACCUUUUUGCACAGGAAACCUUACAGAGACAGACUUUUUUCGGCACACAAGAUACGGAUUUAGCCCAAUUUGGAGACUACAGUGUAAAAGCAAGCUACAUCAGUGAUGAUUUGGAGAGCGCAGAAACGUGCCCAACACAGCUUUUUCCAUGGAUGCGACCACAAGCUACCGGCCGAAGGCGCGGCAGACAGACGUACAGCCGCUACCAGACGCUCGAGCUGGAGAAGGAGUUCCUGUUUAAUCCGUACCUGAACCGCAAGCGGCGCGUGGAGGUGUCGCGAGCGCUCUGCCUGACCGAGCGCCAGGUGAAGAUCUGGUUUCAGAACCGGCGAAUGAAGUGGAAGAAAGAGAACAACAAGGACAAGUUCCCGAGCAGCAGGGCUGAGCAGGAGCAGAUUGAGAGGCAGAGAUGUGAAUGCGUCGAUGAUUCAGGAAAACGUACGUCAGAAGUGGCGGACUCCGAGGACGCGUAA